GCACUUUGCCAACAAAAUUCGUUCUUCCGUCGGGAAAGAUGGCGACCUCGAACCCAGACCAAGCUCAACACUACGAUGUCCUUUGCGUCGAAUCUGCCGGACUGACGGCCCAAAACCACGUGGCCAUCUUCGUGGAGACACACGAACUUGGGCCUGGCACCGGACAUAUCUAUCAAGUGUCGGGCAGUAUCCAGCUGGGAAUGUUCCACAGUUAUCGACCAGGGAAAAAACCCGAAGAGGACGAGCAGUCGGUGUUUGUCAGCAAGAGAGUUCUGGGCAGAGUAUCAAAGGCGGUUUACGAUGACGGAACCUUUCGACGAGUCUGCGACUCGGUUGCGCCCCCACCGAAGCAAUUCAACGGCCCGAAACGACUGUUCCCCGGGACAAAACUGAUCAGAUGUGGCGAAUGGGCACAGGAGGCGCUGGAGAAGCUGAAGCUGGAGGGGAUCUUGGUCUGACUGGAAUGGUACGACAAGAGGCCAGGCUCACAGCAAUCAACGCCCACACAAGCACGUCGGAGCAGGAAUUUCUCAUACGAGAGAGAAUAACUCGAUUCACUGGCCAUGGGUCGUCACGCGGGUCAGGAUCAUGGCUCCAGGGUCAUUGUUUGAGCCAAGGGAGCUCGGCUGGAUAAGGCUCUACGAUGGAUUCCACUGGUUCUGGUCAGUUAUCAUCAAAAUUGAUCCUCAGGAGGCUGAGCAGGAUUCCCAGUAGCUUGGAUACCAACCAUCUUCUUCUCGG